CUAAAAAUAUAUGUCAGCAUGCUCCCUUCGAAUUUCUACUCUCAAGAACCACUUUUCUUCUAUCUAUAAAAUCAUAAAACCCUCUUUACUCUUACUUUCUCCUUUAUACUAACCUCAUAAAGAUUCUCUGUUACAUUCCUUCUCAAGAACAUUUAGCUAUGGGAAGCCUUCCGUUCACUAUGUCUGAUCUUCAACUGAGUAAUAGUUCAGUUCAGAGCAGCCCCACUUUACUAUGUACUCCAUUGAUGGGCACUACAGUUGAUCAAAUGCUGCUUGAGAUGAGAAAGGCUACGGAAAUCAGUGCUGAUGUUGUCGAAAUUCGGCUAGAUUGCCUUAGAAACCUCAAUCCUCGCCAAGAUCUUGAAAUUCUCAUUAAGCAAUCUCCUCUCCCUACCCUGGUCACUUACAGACCAAUUUGGGAAGGUGGUCAGUAUGAGGGUGAUGAGACCAAGAGACAGGAUGCGCUUCGUUUAGCUAUGCAGUUGGGAGCUAAUUAUGUUGAUGUUGAACUUGAGGUUGCUCAUGAAUUUAACAACUCAAUAUAUGGAAAGAAGCCUGAUAAUUUCAAAGUUAUCGUUUCUUCUCACAAUUUUCACAAUACUCCAUCUUCUGAGGCAAUUGCCAAUCUUGUUGCUAGAAUUCAAGCUACUGGUGCUGACAUUGUCAAGAUUGCCACAACUGCGUUAGACAUUACAGACUGUGCUCGCAUUUUUCAGAUUAUGGUGCAUUGCCAGGUCCCAGUAAUUGGAAUUGUUAUGGGUGAAAGGGGCUUGAUUUCGCGGUUACUUAGCCCCAAGUUUGGUGGAUAUCUCACUUAUGGUGCGCUUGAGGCAGGUGCUAUAUCUGCUCCAGGACAGCCAACUGCAAAGGAUUUAUUGGAUUUAUACAACUUCAGACUCAUAAGGCCUGAUACUAAAGUGUAUGGCAUUAUCGGGAAACCUGUUGGUCACAGCAAGAGUCCUCUCUUGUUCAAUGCAGCAUUUAAGUCUGUCGGUCUUAAUGCAGUUUACGUGCAUUUUCUUGUUGAUGAUGUUGAGAAGUUUUUCAGCACCUAUUCAUCUGUUGAUUUUGCUUCAGGAUGCAGCUGUACUAUUCCUCAUAAGGAGGUUGCACUUAAAUGCAUGGAUGAAAUUGACCCCAUCGCCAAGAAAAUUGGAGCAAUAAAUAACAUUAUAAGGAGACCUGAUGCAACCUUGAUGGCAUACAACACUGACUAUAUUGGUGCUAUUGAUGCAAUUGAGGACGGACUAAGAGAAUUGAACGGUGCAGUUCCAGCAGGUACCUCACCUUUAGCUGGUAAACUGUUUGUGGUUUUGGGAGCUGGUGGUGCUGGCAAGUCACUUGCUUACGGUGCCGCACAAAAAGGAGCCAGAGUUGUUGUUGCCAAUCGAACAUUUGAACGAGCUAAGGAGCUGGCUGACAAAGUUAACGGUCAAGCAAUGACACUUGACGAAGUACAAAAUUUCCACCCAGAAGAAGGAAUGGUUCUUGCAAACACCACAUCUGUUGGAAUGAAGCCUAACAUUGAUGCCACUCCACUAGCAAAGCAUGCUUUAAAACACUAUUGCGUAGUCUUUGAUGCCAUUUACACACCGAAAGACACAAGACUGUUGCGGGAAGCGAAAGAGAGUGGAGCUGUCAUUGUUUACGGAACAGAAAUGUUGAUCCGCCAGGGAUUUGAACAAUACAAGAACUUCACAGGCUUGCCUGCACCGGAAGAAUUGUUCAGGCAACUGAUGGAGAAACAUGCAUAAGAAGCAAAUUAGAUUCCCAGCUGAAGCCAUUUUUCUCCGCCACAGGGGUAGUAGCUCUAGUUGCAAAUUUUGCAUGGUUAUGUGAUUACUGUUUCAUCACUCAGUCUGUAUUAAUAAAAAUUUUCUUUAAACAUUAAAUUAUGAAGCCAAGUAAUCUUGCCUUCUCAAUAGAGAAAGGAAGUGUAAGAACAGAUCAAUGCUUGUCCAUUGCUUGUUAUUUGGCAAACCCCCUUUUCUUUUAUUUUGCUCUGUCUGUGGAGACAUUUUAUGUUCUCUUGUUGUCAAGAAAUUGUUUUGAGUAAUGAUUAAUGAUGCAAAUAAUAAGUUUACCCA